ACUCCAGUUUCAAGGGGACCGUCAGCAGAGGAAGCAGAAAGAUGGGUUAUGGAAACAUUAUGAGGGUUCAGACUACCGGUGCAUCAUUGGAAACAUCUCAGCAGGACAAACUGGGAUACUCAGGUGUGAAGGCAUCACAAGCAAUGGCAGAAUUAGAUGCAGGCCGAAUGGAAAAGUACAGAUCUAAAAUCAACAGUGUUGGACGUAGAUAUGAUAUCGAUCCAGCUCUCAUCGCUGCAAUCAUCUCCAGAGAAUCUAGGGCUGGAAAUGCACUAACUAAUGGAUGGGGAGACUAUAGCCCAGCGAGAGGACAAUACAACGCCUGGGGACUGAUGCAGGUUGAUGUCAAUCCGCAGGGAGGUGGACACACUGCAAAGGGCGCGUGGGACAGUGAGGAACACCUCUGCCAAGCUACUGGGAUCUUGGUUCAUUUCAUCAAAGUGAUUCGCAACAAAUUUCCUGGCUGGAGCACAGAGGAGCAGCUGAAAGGAGGGAUAGCAGCAUACAAUAUGGGGGAUGGAAGUGUCAAGGACAGAGAUGUGGAUAAAAACACAACAGGUAGCGACUACUCCAAUGAUGUUGUUGCCAGAGCUCAGUGGUACAAAAACAAUAAAAACUAUUAACAGCUGAAGCAGCCCACAACAAAGAUUUCAAACAUGACAGAAACAAUCUGUAACGUGUGCAACUUCUGCCCAAUAAAGAAACUGUAAACC